GCUUAACUCAAUCUCUACAGUUAUCCAGCCUUACAGUUUUAUUAUUUUGCUCGUAGAGUGGACAUUUGUCUCUCUGCUUCUAGCUCAGCGUGUAUAAGUAUGAUUAGUUAUUUUAGUCCUGACUCGCUUUCUUUGGCUGUCUGUCUCUUCCCCCCUCUCCCUCCUUGCUUUCGCUCUCUUCCUGUCUCUCUCUCCCCACCCAUACCCUGCACAUUAGCAUUCUGUACACCACAAUGUAGCAUGCGCUCUGAAGACAGGAGAAAAACGAGUGGAAGUGUGGAUGGAUACAUUUUUCCCUUCUUUUUCAGGGAACACAUUUAAUACACAGAACAUCCAAGGCUGGAGAGAAGGGGAGGAGCUGGAGUAUCAUCAACCAUCAUCAAUACCAUCCAACAUCACCUGCACUCGCAUCUGAACUUUACCCUUUCGUUGUCUAAAAGAGAAUACCGGGGAAUAUUAACUUAUCAGAUACCACUUAUCAUUUAUAUUCACUCCAUACUGGACUGCCCUCGCUAAGAUGGAUUUCUUGUUUCAACGCCAUUUUCGCCGACGUCAGAAGCGAUUGAAGCCCCCAGCUGCAGCGCGCCAGGCCAGUAAAGCCAGGAGGUGCUCUAGUGUCGGCCUGCCCUCUGCAGCAUUGGUGCAGUCCAGACGCACCUCUGUCGGGUUGCCUCCAGUUGUUACUGACCAGUGCCGGCGCACCAGUGUUGGCUUACUGCUGGCGAGUGGACAAAAGAGACAGGGCUCACAGUAUAAAGCCUCUGGCUCAGCACCGUGUGUACAUCGAGGGAUGGCAAUGCGAAAUCAACGUCCUCAAGUCAAGUCUAUUGAACCUCAGUUACUCAGAUCAUCCAUGUUACUUGCGAGUGUAGUGCAGAUGGGCAGAAGAGCAGCGGGAAAGAAGGAAGAGCAGGAAGAAGUGAAUGCCCCCUUCUGCUCCUGUUCGGGCUCAGAUGGAGAAGAGGGGAGUGAUGAAGAAGUGGCGAACACAUCUGUAGGGUUCAGUCUUCAUAUGCACUUAACCCAGGCAGUGAAUGUGGAAAACAUCAAACCCCGCCCCUUGAUUAGCCCGCCUCGCUGUCUGAGACGAAACUCAUCCCAUCUACUUCCUGCCAACUCUGUGUUUGGUAAAAGUGAAACAGGUUAUGGAGUUUAUGGUCGCUAUAAUCGCAGAAAGUCAAGUCAAGUUCAGCAGACUCUAAACAACCAGAUCCAGAGUGCCAGCCCCAGUCUAGGUCAGCUGGACUCCACAUGUCUGAUGUCUGAGAACCACGAGUCCUCCUCUGGGUCUAUUCUCUAUAAGAGCUGUUCUUCACCACUGGGGAAACCAGAGGAAACCAUGUACUAUGACCCCUAUCUGGAUACAUGGGAGAACUUCCUAUCGAAAGCAAUAGCUAAAUCGGGCCUGGACCAUCUGCCCUGUCAGCCAUGCACAUCGUCUCUGAACAGGAGCAACCCAGAGGCAGAUAUCCGCAGCACUUUGGACUGGACUGAGUCGGCUGUGUAUGGAGAUCACAUCUGGUUUGAGACUAACGUGUCUGGAGACUACUGUUAUGUAGGAGAGCAACACUGUUUAGCCAGAGCACUACAAAAAUCUGUAAGUCGAAGGAAGUGUGCUGCGUGUAAGAUAGUGGCCCACACCAUCUGCAUUGAACAACUGGAGAAGUUCCCCAGCUCUAGAGCCAUUCUGUUGGAUGACACGCUGCCUCUCAAAGAGCUCCACUUUAGAAUUAACUUCAGGUGUAAACCAUCCUUCAGAGAAUCUGGUUCAAGGAACAUCCGAGAAUCUAUUGUAGUGCGUCAUCACUGGGUGCAUCGGAGACGGCAAGAAGGCAAAUGUAAACAAUGUGGGAAGGGCUUCCAGCAGAAGUUUGCUUUCCACAGCAAGGAGAUUGUGGCCAUCAGCUGCUCCUGGUGCAAACAGGCUUACCACAACAAGGUGUCUUGCUUCAUGCUUCAGCAAAUCGAGGAGGCUUGUCCAAUAGGAGCCCAUGCUGCUCUUAUAGUUCCACCCACAUGGAUCAUUCGAGUCCGACGCCAUCAGUCAUCUAUUAAGUCGAGUAAGAAGAAGAAGAAAGCAUCGUUCAAGAGGAAAUGCAGCAAGAAAGGAGCCGAGGAAGGACGUCAAUGGAGGCCCUUUUUAAUCCGCCCCAUCCCUGCACCACUGAUGAAGCCACUGCUGGUGUUUGUUAACCCCAAGAGCGGAGGAAACCAGGGUGCUAAGAUCCUGCAGUCCUUCAUGUGGUAUCUGAACCCCAGACAGGUAUUUGACCUGAGCAAUGGAGGACCAAAGGAGGGCCUGGAGCUAUAUCGUAAAGUCCAUAACCUGAGGAUCAUGGCCUGUGGAGGAGAUGGCACAGUGGGCUGGAUCCUGUCUUGUCUUGAUGAACUGGCCUUGAAUCCUCAACCUCCCGUUGCCGUGUUACCACUUGGAACAGGAAAUGACCUCGCAAGGACCCUCAACUGGGGGGGGGGUUACACAGACGAGCCCCUGUCGAAGAUCCUUUCCCACGUUGAGGACGGAGCAGUGGUCCAGCUGGACAGAUGGAAUCUACAGGUGGAACCAAACCACAUUGCAGAGGCUGAGCCGGACGAGCACCAGGCCGAUAAGCUUCCUCUAGAUAUUUUCAACAAUUACUUCAGUCUUGGAUUUGAUGCCCAUGUGACUCUAGAGUUCCAUGAGUCAAGAGAAGCCAACCCAGAGAAGUUUAACAGUCGUUUUAGGAAUAAGAUGUUCUAUGCUGGGACAGCAUUCUCAGAUUUCCUGAUGGGAAGCUCCAAAGACCUGUCAAAGCACAUCAAUGUGGUGUGUGACGGGACCGAUCUAACAUCAAAGGUCCAGGACUUGAAGCUGCAGUGUCUGGUCUUCCUCAACAUUCCCAGAUACUGUGCAGGGACUACGCCUUGGGGGAACCCUGGUGAGCAUCACGACUUUGAACCUCAACGCCAUGAUGAUGGAUACAUCGAGGUCAUCGGAUUCACUAUGACUUCACUGGCUACUCUUCAGGUCGGGGGUCAUGGAGAGAGGUUGAACCAGUGCAGGGAAGUCAUUCUCACCACCACUAAACCUCUCCCAGUACAGGUGGAUGGUGAACCGUGCAGACUUGCUCCCUCAGUCAUCCGCAUCAGCCUCAGAAACCAGGCGAACAUGGUGCAGAAAACCAAACGGCAGACCUCUCUGCCUCACCUCAACGAUCAGCAGCCAGUUCCUGAAAGGCUGAGGAUCCGGGUCAGCAGGAUCAGUAUGACGGACUACGAGGCUUUGCAUUAUGACAAGGACAAACUACGACAAGCAUCCAUUCCUCUGGGGCUCAUCGUGGUUUCUGGUGACAGUGACUUAGAAACCUGCAGAGAACACAUCCAGCGCCUACAGGAGGAGGAAACAGCCAAGCCAAAGAGUCUUUCCUCGCAAAGAUUAUCUCCAAAGUGGUGUUUCUUAGAUUCUACAACCGCGGAUCGUUUCUACAGGAUUGACCGAGCACAGGAACAUCUCAACUACGUAUCAGAAAUCUCCCAAGAAGAAAUCUUCAUAUUGGACCCUGAACUGGUUGUCACUAUGACAGUGAGCAUCUCACCCUCCGCCAUGCCAGACCUGGUUAACACCGCCUCCAGCCUGGUGAAAAGCAGUUCUUCCGAGAGGCAGCGAGUGAACAGUGACAGCUCUGAAGCUUUAACACACAACACAACUCCUGUGGCCAGCAAACUCAGCAGGGCGGGGUGCAUCCAUCGCUCCAACACCACUGCUGCUGACUUCAAUCCAAGACUGAGACUGGAGAAGGGCUCGAAGACAAGUGAGAUGGAGAAGGAGAGGGACAAAGAGAUGCUGAUUGAGUGUGUGAGGAACAAGGACGACAAGAAGCUGCAGGAGCUGCACUUAAAGGGGGCGGACCUGACGGUGCUGGACUGUUCCGGCUGUAGUUUGCUACACCACGCCGUCGUUACGGGGAGCAAAGAGACUGUCCGCUACAUCCUUGACAAUGCUCCUAGCGAUCUGCUUGAUGUCACAGAGACACUACAUGGGGAGACGGUUCUUCAUCGAGCUGCAUCUCUAUGUCACAGGACCAUCUGUCAUUAUCUGGUAGAAGCAGGAGCCUCACUUAUGAAGACGGACCUACAGGGUGAGACUCCUAAGAACCGGGCUGAGAAGGCUCAUGACUCUGAACUGGCAGCCUAUCUGGAGAACAGACAGCAUUACCAGAUGAUCCAAAGAGAGGACCAAGAGACGGCUGUUUGAGGGCACUUUCCUCUCCUCAUAAGGACUGCUCCACAAAUACCAGUUACGUGCAUUUGGUGAUGAUUAGGAUUGAUAAUUACAAGUCAUUCCAUGAUGUAAUGACAGUUUAUGGAUAGUAAAAUCACCAGACUCAAAAACUUGUUAAUCAUUAUCAGUAAAACUAACUAGCAAUAAUAAGAGUCUGAUAUCAGACAGGUGAGGGGGUGGGUAGGGCAUUAUUGAAGUUAUAAUGCCAUACUUUGUGGGGUUGGUAUUAAAAAGUUAAUUCUAAUGUCAUGGUUGAACUUCCUCAGGAAAUGUAAUUAAUGUUGUACAACCAUGCAGUCACAGUCCAAGUUACUAUGGCUACAAAGUGCAUUACAUACAUUACGUCAACCUUUUUUUCCCUUCAGAUAUUGGAAUAUUAUGUGUACAGUGUAGAUGUUUAGAAUUUUGUAUUUGAAUAUCCACAGAAAUCAAACGGAUGUGAGCAGUCUGGUGUUAAGGUCAGAGGAUUCCUGAAUAUCGGUAAUAAUCCAACAAUUUGGAUGAAAAUCAGUGAUUUCCAAACCUGCUUUGGUUGUUCUUAUCUCAGACACACCACUUCAUCAACGUAUUGUACAUGCUGUAAUUAGUUGACUUGUAUCCACAUAUUCAAUCAGAGUGAUGAUUAUGGGUGCAUGUGAUGAAGGAUUGGAAUUUAAAUCUUUCUUUUUGUGACUUUUAUUCCAUGUUAUGUCAAGUAAGAUCAAAUUGGUGUGUAAGCGUAAGCUUAGAAUCAUGCAUUAUGGAAUAAUAUUGUUGUGCCAAAUAAGCUUGUUCACAUAAUACUUUGACAUCAGCUUUAUUGUCUGUCACCUUGGAGUAGAUCACUCAAUUUCUUUCAUUCAUAAUGAUAUUAAGAUAUACACUUUUCAUUCAUAUAAUUUGUUGGCAUUUCAAUUCCCCUGGCAGACAAUUGUAAUGUUGCAAUGUACUUUAUGACUUGAGUCUACCAAAGAACUUUGAGUCCAUUUCCCAGGAUGCACCGAGGCUUGUACAGCUGGAGUCUCAGACCUUUGCUCUGCAAGAACCAACUCUUGGAUUAUGUAAUGCUGCUGGGCAGCAUAACCCAUGUUCACUCUCACUGUAUAUGAAGAGAGUCAAUUAUUAGAAAUAACUGAUUCAACAUAUCACGGCUUGAACCCUAAUAAAGCAAAAUUACGGUUAGUUUU